AGAGCCUUCAGAGAUUCUGCUUUGGCACCUCCAGCAUUUGGCCUCUGUUCAGGAGAAAGAAGCAAUUAACGAAACACUGUGAUACCAAGAAUUACUCUGUAUGCGGUUUGCAGGAUGUCCAUGGCGACAUUGAAAAUGAAUUCUUUAUUUUCACCAGAUAUUCUUAUAUGAGAAGAUCCAUUUCAAAAAGCCUAAAUAUUUCUUCUGCUGGACCAGCAUGGCAGGAUUCAAGCGAGGAUAUGAUGGAAAGAUUGCUGGAUUAUAUGAUCUGGAUAAAACCUUAGGUCGAGGUCAUUUUGCAGUGGUUAAACUUGCCAGGCAUGUUUUUACAGGUGAAAAAGUGGCAGUGAAAGUUAUAGAUAAGACAAAACUGGACACUCUAGCCACUGGUCAUCUUUUCCAGGAAGUGAGAUGUAUGAAAUUAGUACAGCAUCCUAACAUCGUACGUCUUUAUGAAGUUAUUGACACCCAAACCAAACUCUAUCUUAUUCUGGAACUUGGGGAUGGAGGCGAUAUGUUUGAUUACAUAAUGAAACAUGAGGAGGGUCUUAAUGAAGACUUGGCCAAGAAAUACUUUGCUCAGAUAGUUCAUGCUAUAUCUUAUUGCCAUAAACUCCAUGUAGUUCACAGAGACUUAAAACCAGAGAAUGUGGUCUUCUUUGAGAAACAAGGUCUUGUAAAGUUGACAGACUUUGGUUUCAGCAACAAAUUUCAGCCAGGGAAGAAGCUCACUACAAGUUGUGGAUCUCUUGCGUAUUCUGCUCCAGAAAUUCUGCUUGGUGAUGAGUAUGAUGCACCCGCAGUAGAUAUAUGGAGUCUGGGAGUGAUCCUUUUCAUGCUGGUGUGUGGGCAGCCACCCUUCCAAGAAGCCAAUGACAGUGAAACAUUGACAAUGAUCAUGGAUUGCAAAUAUACAGUACCAUCCCAUGUGUCUAAAGAAUGUAAAGACCUGAUCACAAGGAUGCUACAGAGAGAUCCCAAGCGAAGGGCCUCUCUAGAAGAGAUUGAGAACCAUCCUUGGCUCCAAGGAGUGGACCCUUCACCAGCCACAAAGUAUAACAUCCCCCUUGUGUCCUACAAAAAUCUCUCAGAAGAGGAGCACAACAGCAUCAUUCAGCGCAUGGUGCUUGGGGACAUAGCAGACCGCGACGCCAUUGUAGAAGCUCUGGAGACUAACAGAUACAACCACAUCACAGCUACUUACUUCUUGCUCGCUGAAAGGAUCCUGAGAGAAAAACAAGAGAAAGAAAUACAGACCAGAUCUGCAAGCCCUAGCAAUAUCAAGGCCCAGUUUAGGCAGUCAUGGCCAACCAAAAUUGAUGUACCUCAGGACCUGGAGGAUGACCUCACAGCCACCCCUUUGUCCCACGCGACUGUCCCCCAGUCUCCUGCUCGUGCAACCGACAACGUCCUUAACGGCCACAGGAGCAAAGGCCUGUGUGACUCGGCUAAGAAAGAGGACCUCCCUGAGCUGGCUGGGCCAGCACUCUCCACGGUGCCACCCACAAGCUUGAAGCCCACAGCCAGCGGGCGCAAGUGUCUCUUCAGGGUGGAAGAAGACGAAGAGGAAGAUGAGGAGGAUAAGAAACCCAUGUCCCUCUCAACACAAGUGGUUUUACGACGGAAGCCAUCAGUGACCAACCGCCUGACAUCUAGGAAAAGUGCUCCUGUCCUCAACCAGAUCUUUGAGGAAGGGGAGUCUGAUGACGAGUUCGACAUGGAUGAGAACCUGCCUCCCAAGCUGAGCAGGUUAAAAAUGAACAUUGCUUCCCCGGGCACAGUUCACAAACGCUACCACCGGAGGAAAAGCCAGGGCCGGGGCUCUAGCUGCAGUAGCUCAGAGACCAGUGACGAUGACUCGGAAAGCCGCCGGCGGCUCGAUAAAGAUAGCGGGUUCUCGUACUCCUGGCAUCGCCGGGACAGCAGUGAGGGGCCCCCUGGCAGCGAGGGGAAUGGCGGGGGCCAAGGCAAGCCAAGCAACGGCAGUGGCGGGGCGGACAAGGCGAGCCCCAGCGAGAACAAUGCGGGCGGGGGCAGCCCCUCCGGCGGCUCGGGCGGCAACCCCAACAACACAUCGGGCACCACGCGCCGCUGUGCGGGCCCCGUCAGUUCCGUGCAGCUGGCCUCUCGCAGCGCCGGCGAGCUCGUGGAGAGCCUGAAACUCAUGAGUCUGUGCCUCGGCUCCCAGCUCCAUGGCGGCACCAAGUACAUAAUCGAUCCUCAGAACGGCUUGUCGUUUUCCAGUGUGAAGGUCCAGGAGAAGUCCACCUGGAAAAUGUGCAUCAGCUCCACAGGGAAUGCGGGGCAGGCCCCUGCCGUGGGCAGGAUAAAGUUCUUCUCUGACCACAUGUCGGCCCCCACCACUGAUUUGGAGCGGAUAAAGAGCAAGAACCUGAAAAACAACGUGCUACAGCUACCUCUGUGUGAAAAGACCAUCUCUGUGAACAUCCAGCGGAGCCCCAAGGAGGGGCUGCUGUGCGCCUCCAGCCAGGCCAGCUGCUGCCAUGUGAUCUGAGGGCGGCUGCAGCCCGCGAACCGUCCUGCCCAGAGCUGUGAAGACCGGCUCGCUUCACUGUUCCCUUUUCUGUGUUACUCUCUCACGGUGGGCGCUAGGAGCAAUUAUUUAUUACAUUGUCAUUUGUUCGCCUGACGAUGUGACAAUGCAUGGUCUUUGUGCAUGCUGCUAGACACUUCUUUUCCAGCUGAAAAGUCUAUUGUGUAAUUUUUACUUUUGUAAUUUUAAUGUGGAUCAGGAUUAAACUAAAAUGUAUAUUUGGAACCUAAUAUAAAUGGAGCACUUAGAAAUUUGACGUUCUGCACUUAAUCUAGAGAGAGAGAGAGAGAGAGAUGCUUUUGUUUCCUUGUUAAAAAUCUAAAUUCCUGUCCUGACCUGUGAUACGGAGACUCCGUGCUCUGAGGCACACUCUGGUGUCUGAGGCAGAACCAAAGCAAUAACAUUGUGAUGGGACAGGCCUGGGGCGGCGUGCCAGUGCGGCUCAGCCCCGGGCCUGUGCAGAGCCGAGGACAGCAAGUGUCUGCACUGAGAACCUUAACACUAUGAUUUGAACAUACCCACACCUGUUUGUCUUAAGCUAUAGUGUGAAAACAAGUUUGGGCUCUUAAAAUUUAACGGAAAAAAGAUUUUCUUGUUUUUGUAAUAGGUGAGAUACUUAGAUUUGUAAGGCAGCUUCCCCUGUAGUGAUAAAUUAAUUCCAAGCAGACAAUCUUAUUUUGUAAUGUGAUGAAGUGAAUUGAUGAUGUCUUAACUCUAUUUAUAGAGUGUAUGUCUGUCUAACAGAACAAAACGAUGCUCUGUGUAAACCCUUCCUGUGGGGCACACACAGGAGUUCCUGUAAAACCAUGCAGAUGGGAGAGACUGUAAGGCCCAGUGUGGACACAGAGGUGCACACAGACAUUGACAAAGUCUAAACCCCUUCAAUUAGAAACAGAAAACAAAACAAAACAAAAUUAUUGGGAUCUUUUUUUAGGAGUUUGACAAUUACUUGUCUCUUAUUUCCAUUCUUUUACAUGCUUUGACUCAGCUAUGAAAAACACAAAAAAGGGUAAAAUUCACACAUGCAAAAAAAAAAAAAAUAACACAAAGCUUGCUUUGUGUUUCUUUUUUCUUUUCUGUUUUUGCUGGAAGUGUUUUUCACGUUGCCUUCCUGCCAAAAUAAUAAUCAAAGAACUCUUGCUUUAAACUAUUCCUGUGCAAAGACUACUUUUGACCAGAUAAUCAUCUUUUGUGGCAUUUUAUCUUGUUAGGACACAGUAUAUCGCAGAUGGCUAAUUUUGGAAGGGGCCAGAUGGUAUUUUUACAAGCUGCGCCCUGGGAGUCUUAAUGCUCAGUGACAUUGGUGCUGGGGUGAGGCCCCCACCAGUGGCUCGGACCUGGGGCCUUCCCAUCCCUCACCUGUCAUGGCUCUGCAGUGUGAUGGAUGAAUCGCGUCUGGUCACGUGAUUUGUGGGUGGGCGGAGCACCAAAGAGCUGCAUUAAGUCGGUCAUGGUUCCUUCAAGUACACACUGCUAAGUUUAGGAGGAAUAUAUUUUACUCAGAACUCUGAAUUUCACAGUAUACUGACUAAACUAAGUAAAAAUGAUACUUAAAACACUUAACUUUACUUUCUAGACCUAGGCUAGAUAUGUUUUAAGCUACAGCUCUAGUUCAUUGUGAUAUUUAUAAUCAAAAAGCUACAAGAAUAGAUGCGUGGGUGAAGCCAUAGAACAUAUUUGCUUGAAAUUCUUGAGCAGGGAUCUUAUAAAGGGCCAGAAAUAAGAUGUGUGGUUCACAUAGAUAGUGAGCGUAACAUCUGUAUUACACGUAGGAGAGAAGUUUAUAAAGGGCAUUGGCAAUAAAUUCUUUGUUGCAGCUGUUUUUCAAGUAAUGUAAAUACCUUUCCUGUGAUUAUGUAUAGCCUUGGAAUGGCACCUUUUAACUAACCCAUAUGUGUUUGGUUUUCAAUGGUUUUUUAUAUUCAGAUGUAUAUAUGGUGCUCACUUUAGGAUCAGCAGUGUUGACCAUUUAUGCUGCAUAGCUGUAUUAUAGCCUUAUUAGUUGUGUGUGGUUGGUUGACCCUCUGGGUACACAAAUGUUCGUCUGAGUGGUGUCUUACUCAUUUGUUCAUCAGUGAAUGAUUGUGCAUGUGUUGUAUGUCAUAUGUAUGUCGUCACAGAAACGGGAGGGAGCGAAUAACCAUUACAUUAAGAUAAUAUUGGACCAAACUACUUACUUGCUCUAAACAGUUUCUUGUACCCCUUAACCUGUCUUCAGAAGUUGCAUAUAGUUACAGUAGUGUAUAACUAAAUAUUGUGGGAAAGCAGUUAGUCUUGUAUUUUUCUGUAUGUGUGUAUAUAUAAUUAUGUACCUCUGGAAAUUCUAUCUGUAUUUAAAGAUGUGACAAUCUCGACACCGAUGUUAAGGAUAGCCGUGAGACUGAAUUGAAUUAAAGGAAUCCCGACCACGUGAGAAUUGAUGUGUGUUAAGAGGGUACAGAAAUAUCCGCUGAUUUGGUCAGUUGCUUCCAAUGCUGGUUGAUUUUCCUCAUUGUUGUAAACAUUGACAGGUAUGUGACAAAUGAGAAAAAAAAAAUCCAAAUAAUAAAAGUGACAUAUUGGUGUUCAGCAAUAU